UUUUCCUCUGUCGUUGUUGCCUGUUGCUGAGGUGAAAUGCAUUCUGGGAUACUUGGCUCUCACAAGAACAGACGAGCCUGCUCCGAUGCAUGCCCGGUAAAAUGGGCGGGGCGAGUCACAUCCGGGUAUUAUGACCGUUCUCGGCCAGAUGCGGACUUUAGAAUUGGAACAGUACUCGGGCUGAGACUGAUGACGUUUCACGAGUCCACGAGAACAAAAGUCCACACAAGAACGCAUAUUGAGAAAGGGCCUGAGAAAGGGAAAAAUGGGAUAGGGAAAGGGAUAAAUAAAUGAACAAACCAACGACUCCCACACACAAAGACGUCACUCUGUAGUCUUCAACAAAAAACGUUUUCCACCUAGUGUUCUGGCGGUGAAUUGCUUUGCAACAAGCGCAAGCCUUUUUGAACCAUGAAUUGAGAAGAGUCCGUCAACACAAGACGCAGACGAAAACGUAGACCCGGACACAGAAGCGGACAGAAGCAGACACGGUCGAAAAUGUCGUAAUGCUGCGUUUUGAAUCUAUUCAAAAACUACUGUCCUUGAAUGCAGCAUUACGUUGUUGUUCCGAAAGGCGGUGAGAGGGAGGACGUGCGCCUGGCCAUGCGUACUGGAACCCCGCCCCUUUGCCAUAACCCCCAACCGACAAAAUGACUACUGCAUUGACUGCUACACCGGCUUUGUAACCUCCGAAUCCGAGUCCAGCAAAGAAACGCCGCGGUUACCGUCACGAGAACUCGACGUUGAGGUUGAUUCUCUCUGCCGCUCUGUUGGCUUCUCCCUCGCACUCUAGAGACUGAAGUGACGUUUUACGUGGAUUAAUUCAUCCACGACAACAAUGGCAGCACAGGAAUUUAAUUUCUUGCUAGCGACGGAUUCGUACAAGAUCACACACUACAAACAGUAUCCUCCAAACGUCAGCAACAUCUACUCCUACUUUGAAUGCAGACGCAAGAAAGGCUCCCAGUUCAGUGAAGUGGUGUUCUUCGGUCUUCAGUAUCUGCUGAAGAAGUACCUCAUAGGCCAAGUGGUCACAGAGGAGAAGAUUCAGGAAGCCAAGCUCUUCUACCAGAUGCACUUCAAACAAGCUGUCUUUGAUGAGGGAAGCUGGAGGAAGAUCCUUGAGAAACAUGAUGGCCGCCUUCCUAUCCGGAUCAAAGCCAUCCCAGAGGGGACGAUCAUACCCAGAGGCAACGUACUCUUCACCGUGGAAAAUACAGAUCCCGAGUUCUACUGGCUCACCAACUACAUUGAGACCAUGCUGCUCCAGAUGUGGUAUCCCAUCACCGUAGCCACUAUAUCCAGGGAGUUUAAGAAGAUCCUGGCCAAGCACCUGAAGGCCACCUCUGGGAGCCUGGAGGGUCUAGACCUGAAACUGCAUGAUUUUGGCUACAGAGGAGUCUCUUCACAGGAGUCUGCAGCAUUAGGUGGAGCAGCUCACCUGGUGAAUUUCUGCAGCACGGACACAGUCGCUGGGCUGCUGAUGGCUCAGCGAUACUAUAGCUGCCCGAUGGCUGGCUUCUCCAUCCCAGCGGCAGAGCACAGUACCAUCAUCUCCUGGGGAAGGAGCCGGGAGAAGGAGGCGUUUGAGCGAGUUCUUGAGCAGUUCCCCGCGGGGCCAGUGUCUGUGGUCAGCGACAGCUACGACAUCUUUAACGCCUGUAAGAACAUCUGGGGAGACAAGCUGAAGGAGCGAGUGAUGGAGCGCAGCCAGGACUCGUGUCUGGUCAUCCGGCCGGACUCUGGAGACCCGGCAGAGACUCUGAUUGAGGUCAUCAAGAUCCUGGAGGAGUGCUUUGGCUGUUCUCUGAAUGUCAUGGGAUACAAGGUUCUGCCCCCUUACCUGCGAAUCAUUCAGGGAGACGGCAUUGAUCUCAUCUCUGUGGACGAGAUUCUUCAGAAGCUCACUGAUGAAGGCUGGAGUGCUGAGAACGUCCUCUUUGGUUGCGGCAGCGCAUUGCUGCAGAAACUCAACAGAGACACUCUCAACUGUGCCUUCAAGUGCAGCUACGUGGAGAGUAACGGCAAGGGGAUGGACGUGUACAAGCAGCCGGUGACCGACCCGUCCAAAGGGUCAAAAAGAGGGCGAUUAUCUCUGAGGAGAAACUCUGAUGGCUUCCUUGAGACAAUAGAGAAGGGGGCGGGCAAGCCGGAGGAGGAUCUUCUGGUGACUGUUUUUGAGAAUGGCAGCCUGGUGAUGGACUACUCCCUGGAGGAGAUAAGGAAGAAUGCUCGUCUGAGAGACGAGGAGGUGAACCCCACCCUGCACAACCACGAACAGGAGCUGCUGCACAAUCAUAUCAUCAACGGGAUUCAUUAGAGCAGCCACCCAGCCUGGCACACUCUGAACAGGUCUAAACUCACAGGUUGCAGUGGAGGGAAAUGAGCUUUUACAAGAAACGACAAAAUAUGAAAAUUGUUUUAUUGAUUGCAGUAAUCAUCAGGUGUGUUGAUUGUUUUACAUUACAUAACCAAGUCUAUUUGUUGCAUUUAGUCUUACGUACAUUUUUAAAACCAGGAGAAAAUGGUAACCUAAAUGCGAAAGAAGACAGGGCUCACCAGGAGGAUAUAUCGCUGCAGCCCCACGUUCUGCCCUUUUUUGUUUGUGUAAGUAACACAAUCUGUCCAAGCGUUCAGUCCACAAAUGAAGACUUCAUUAAACUGAGCAGCAGUGCAAAAGCAGCAGAGAAGCAAAUCCUGUUGCGAUCGGCCCACAAAGCAAAGUCAAUGGAUAUCCAUCUAAAUACAUUUGUGUAAGAAUUAUAAACAAAAAACAUUUUUUAAUGAGUUGGAUGAGCUGAUGUCUAUCCCACCGGCACUCUCACACUCCUACGGGCUAUUUAGAACCACAAAAGUUUACCCCCAGAGCGCAUUGGUGGCCUGUGGGAGGAUGCCAGGGAACACGAUACCACACCACCACCUCCUGUCUUUAACUGCAAUGUAAUUUUAUUUUUAUCAUUCAUACAUUUUAUCAGGGUUUAUUUUUGUUUACAUUAAGUACUUUUCCAAACCGUGAAGAUGUAUUUUCAUAAUCAAUGAUAAAAAUCCCUUCCCUUGGUGGUGGUGAGGUCGAAGCCUUCUUUAUUCUCAGCCAAUGACUUGCACCCGGUCUCUUUUGCGAUAUCAAGUUAAACAAAUGCUACCAAAUGUAUCCUGUUAUCCAGGACAGGCAAAAUGCUGACAUUGUUACGCCUCAGUAGAUGAACACAUUCACACUAACUACAGCUAAGGCGUAGCACGGUUUGCUGAUGCCACAUAGCUAGCAGUGCUGCUGCUCCUGUGGAAAGGCGCUAACCAAUCAGCUGACUACUUGAUUAGGAGAUAGGGGUUGUGAGAAUGGAACCAUGUGUUCUGUCACAUAUCCUACAAAGUAUUAGUUGGAUCACAUGGUCUUCAAUAUUUUUGUAUUGAACAAUCUAUCAUUUGAGAUCAUGUGUUGAUAUGCAAAUUACAAAUAGUUACUGUAAUGAUGUUUUUGAAACAAUGAAGAUAUUUGGCAUUUCAUCUUUGAAGGUGGACCAACUCAAAUAGAAUGAUUCUUUUGUAUCCAUUGAUGUUUGGUACAAUACAGAUUUUUCCCUAGUGAGUUAUUUUUUUUGUGCAGAUACACCUUUGAACACAGACUGAAUUCCAAACUCAAUAUUUAUACGAUAUAUAUAUAUCUCGGUUGAGGGACCUUCACAGAGCGCUCAUCGUGUAGCUGACGAGGCUGACAGCACAAACGAGGCUGCACACUGAGCGCAUGCAUCAGCAUUAAGGCUGCACUCAAAGAGGAUUUAUGGAAGUAGUCAAUUAAUCUAACGACUAAUGCGUCAACUAUUCUAACAUUCUUUGAGACAGCUGAUUAAUAAAACAAUUUAUUCAAUUAAAUAUGAAAAAGAUGUCUGAUUUAUAAUAAUAUUUCUUCUCUUAAAAUCAUCUAAAUUAAGCUACCUAUUUAUAAAAUGCCUGAUCAGAAAAAUAGUGGGAGGUUUCAAAAAGACAGCUAUGACGCUGGAUGAGUUUAAUCACUGUAGACCUGAAACAACCGCUACAGUGAUCACUGUUAUCACUGGACCAAUAAGACGCACAGUAUGCAAAUCCACCUAUUUUUGUAAUUAAUGACGUGUUCAUCUUCUAGUCUUGCCUUUGUCCUAACUCAUGCGCUCAUUGUGCUUGAGCUCAUGCUACAAUACGCACCGAGGGAGUCACUUGUUUCUCUGCUCAGACACCACCACGCUAUAUGUGGACGUAGACAGUCGGGUUUGGAUUGUGUAUUAAUGGUCAUUAUUUAACACCAACUUUUAAGCUGCUUUUAGGGAACAGAGGCCUGUCACUGUGCCCUGCCCAGUUGAGUCCAUUAUGUAACCACGUAUGCUGGAUCCCAAAAAUUCCAUCUGGAUUGGGGAAAGGCAUCAAUGACAUGUCUUUAGACAUUCAGUGAUAUUCUCUUACAUACAGUCAGCCUCUAUUGUUAAGAUUUCAAUCAUCAUUAAAAUAAUUUAUUUUCUUUUAUCAACAGAUCUCGGAUCUUGUUCAGAUAACUGAAUCACCUUGAAUCUGAUAUAAAGGGCCAUGGUCCUUUAUUUAGUCAUUUUUAAAUGCAUUUUACAAGUCCAUCCAAUUACCAUUUGCAAUCGUUUCCAACAACACAUUAAUUAAACAGUGUUUCUCGAUUUAUCAAACUUGUACCUCUAAUAAAUGGCUAGCUUACCUUUUCUAGAUAGUAUGGAGUGAUGUGGAAAUGGUCAGAAACCUUUAUUCAGGCACAAAGGAAUCUCGCCCAGUCAAAUGUAACGUGAUUACCUAACUGGAGCUACUUACUGACUGACGUAGAACGCACUCUAAUUUGUAGUGGAAGGAUCAGCUGGUCUGCUGCUGGAUUCCUAUGCAUACUGUACGACUCCAAAGAUACUUCUGCUUUUUUACACUUCAACUAUAAGUUUGAUCCUUCGGAUUCUCUUUUUCUCCCUUUUUGUCCUGUUGGACAGGACUUGUUGAGCUUCUUUUCAAUCCUCCCUGGUGUUCAGCCUCAGACUGUAGGGUCAGAGCAUGCUUGCAUCACAUUUGAGACUGAUGGUCUACACUGGACACAACGUUUUCCUUUUCAUACAUGACUUUUGUAAAUAUCUUUUUGAAAAUGAUUUGCUUUUUAACUUAUCUGUAUUUUUUAAAACCUGUCUUUCAUUUGUUUGUGUUUUACAAACCAACCUUUUGUAAUAUUAAAAAAACAGUAACACUUUGGAACUGGGGUGAAUUUCUUAGUAAAGAGAGAGUGU